CCCAGGUUUCUCAACUCGUCCUGUCCCACUUAUAUGCCCAGACUCUGAGUUUGAAGCUCAAUAAGGUAUGAUGAUUCAGAGCCUUCAUGUGAAUGCGAGCUCGGCUAAUCCUGGGUCACUGUGUAAAUGGGGUUUCAGUUCCUCAAUAUGUGUUCCUCACACGAUAUACAAAUUUCUAAGAGCAGCUCCUUUGCUUUACUACGGACCUCAAAGGCUAUCUGUCCAAUGUGGAGUUAGGUUUCGCCCUUGCAUUGACAUACACAAGGGAAAAGUGAAGCAAAUUGUAGGAUCUACUCUUCAAGAUUCUAGGGAAGAAAGUUCAAGUCUCGUAACAAACUUUGAAUCUGAUAAACCAGCAGCAGAUUAUGCAAAGCUUUACAAAGAUGAUGGACUUACGGGAGGUCAUGUGAUCAUGCUUGGCGCAGAUCCUUUGAGUAAAUCAGCUGCUAUUGAAGCAUUACAUGCCUAUCCUGGUGGUUUGCAAGUUGGAGGUGGUAUCAAUUCCAGCAAUGCUUUUAGUUACUUGGAGGAAGGAGCCAGCCAUGUCAUUGUCACAUCUUAUGUUUUCAGCAAUGGACUAAUGGAUCUUGACAGGCUUAAAGAGCUUGCUAAUGCUGUUGGGAAAGAGAGACUUGUAUUGGAUCUCAGUUGCCGAAAGAAGGAGGGCAAAUAUUUUGUUGUCACAGAUAGGUGGCAGAAAUUUAGUGAUGUAUGUCUUGAUGAGAAAGUGUUGGAUUUUCUGGCUCAUUAUGCUGACGAGUUUCUUGUCCAUGGAGUUGAUGUUGAGGGAAAAAAGCUUGGAAUUGACAACGAGCUUGUGGCAUUGCUUGGAAAGCAUUCCCCGAUUCCAGUGACUUAUGCUGGUGGCGUGAGCACAAUGGCUGAUUUGGAGACAAUUAAAAGUGCAGGAAUGGGUCGUGUAGAUGUCACCGUAGGCAGCGCCUUGGAUAUAUUUGGCGGAAGCUUGCCAUACAAAGAUGUUGUGGCUUGGCACGUCCAACAGGAUGCCUUAGCGGUUUGACGGACCUUGGUGGUCCUUUUCUGCCAGCAGUGUAAUCCAGAUAGAUGAUGGUCAUGUUUCUGCUGGAUAUGUGCUUGGGGAAUGACGGGGAAGUUUUAGUGACUUCAAUUUUUGCACGUCUGACGGUGUGAAGUGCUUGCUGAAAAUGACGGAUGGAGCAUCAACUAGAGUAGUGAUUGACAAGCAAAAUAAAUUGUUUUCCAGGCCUUGUAUGCCGUCAAGAUGUUUUUGUUUCUGAUAUACACAUUCCUAAUGUUAAUGCUGGUUUUUUUUGUUGCGUAAGAUAACGCGUACUGAUUUUAUUAUUAGACCCAUUAGAUGUUCAAGUUA